GCCGUCACCCGAAAGGCUGAAUCUCUAACACCCUCUCUAAAUACGCGCUUUCCAAGUCAACGGUCCAGAUCUACCCUCAAAAUUCCUCGACCCCCCUCAUCCACCGUCCAAUCUGGCCUCUUAAUCUCCCCAAGCGUCCUUCGAGAACUCUAAAACCCUAACAUACUUCUUUACUCUCUCUGUAAACCCUAGGCUAUUUUACCGUCUCCUCUCGGGUUUCUAGGGUUUCGAAUUGAUGACAAUGGAGACUUCCUCAUCGAAUUCUGCGCCCAAUUUCUCGCCGGAGUCGACGAAGUUGUUCGUUGGAGAGAUUGACGGGAGCUUUAAGGAGGAGGAGAUUAAGGAUUACUUCACCAAGUUUGGGGAAGUGAAGGAGGUUGUUGUGGUCAAGGAUAGGGUCACUGGUAACGUUAGAGGCUUUGGGUUCGUUGAGUUUUUGGACCCGGAUUCGGUCGAAAAGGCUCUCAAGGAGAAGGAGCAUGCUAUUGGCGAGCGCAGGGUAGACGUGAAAAGAGCCAGACCAAGAGGUGAACAACGCCGGAAUUACCAAUCCCCCCGGUACCAAUACUCACUCCAUAGCGAGCAUGAAAAUAGUGGGUUAAACAACAAUGCUGCUAACAGUUACUAUACCAACGAAAAUCCUGCCAAGUUAAAGAAGAUUUUUGUAGGUGGCCUCUCCUCUAACAUUACAGAUGAUGAGUUCAAGACCUACUUCGAGAAGUUUGGCAAGAUAGUUGAUGCUGUGAUUAUGUACGAUAGUUCUACUCAACGGCCAAGAGGCUUUGGUUUCAUUACUUUUGAUUCAGUGGAGGCUGUAGAUACUGUGCUGCAGAAGAAGUUCCACAUGUUGAACAAUAAGAAUGUGGAGGUAAAACUUGCAGUGCCCAAGGGCAGCAAUAACCAAACCAACUUUAGUGACUCCGAUGGUAAUUUGGAUGGUGGGAGAGGGUUUGCUGGUAAUAGUCACCAAAGAGAUUAUUAUCCAUCUUACACCCCUAAAUAUGGGUUUUAUCCGGGAUAUGCACCACCGCCUGUUCCAGGUUUUUUUUAUGGAGCAGCUGGAUACGGUGGUGGAUAUUUACCUUAUGGUGGAAUAAGUUAUGGUGCACCAUAUGGAAGAAUCCCUUGGAAUGGGCAAGUAAUGAUGGGUGCGAGGAGGAGUCCCGUUCCUUAUGGCUACGCUAAUGUAGGUUUUGGUGGAUAUACCGGCAUGGCUAAUGUUGGAUAUAAUGGCUAUACAUUGUCCAGUAAUGAUAAGUCGAACUUAACUGACGAUGAUGUUAGGAUAACAGAUCAUUCUAGUGGAACAGAGGAGGUUGGAAGUGAAAAGUUGGAAAAUCAACAAGUCUCCUGAUUGCUAACCGGAAUCCAUCUGUAACUGCCAACUGGAUGCGAGUCUCUAGCUCUCUCACUGUUUGUAGUUGACAAGCUGGGAUGACUGAUCCACCAAGCUCAUUGAUAACAAAUCUGUAACUGCCGAGUGGAGGCUUGCUUUUCCCCCAAAUAUUGCUCAUUAAUAAUGAACCUUACAUCUAUCUACAAGGAUUAUGAACCGGUUGUUUUUAUUUUAUUUAUUUUUUAUUUAUUUUUAAAGAUUAAUUUGCUUGACUCAAGCAAUUCGGCGAUUGGGGUGGAUAUCUUGCACCUUUUGACCAAGUUGUUAAUGUCAGUUAUGCUUGUUUGAAAAUUGAAUAUCUGUCAUGAUCUUUGUUUUCUUUUAAGCCAAGAUAAUGUUGGCUUACAUUGAUUUUGAUCAAGUCAAUAAUGGCUUCGGGAAGAACUGUAGGUGACUGAAAUGAUGUGUUUUGUG